UGGGGGGAGGUUUGUUCAGCGCAGCAGGUUUACUUCUCAGAGUUUUAAACAGACCUCUGAAGAAAGGUUUAGGACUUUAUUUGGGGUAUUUGUUUUCUCUCCACAGACAUGGCUCAGGCUCGAGUCACUGAUUAUUUCUCCCAGUCUAAAAGAGCUGGUGUGGAUCGGUCUCUGCGAUCGAAAUCUCAAAAAGCGAGAAGCGCUGAACAGGACCGAGCGGGGUGCGAGGCGAGCGUGUCCAAAACAAGGCCGCAGAGGAGCAGUCGCGUCCAGGAGGACAGCGAGCAGCUGCGGUCCGUGCAGGAGGAGUUUCUCAGGGUGAUCGACGAGGCGGUGUCGGGAUCCGAUCUCACACCGGGCAGCACAGAGGCGGAUAAAGCCGGAGCGCCCCGGAGCCCCCGGACCCCGAAGAGGAGCUCCAGCGAGGCUGAGUUUGACCUGUGCGCCGCCGUGUUCGAUCUCUCCUCCGCCACCGAGCAGCACAGCACGGCCAAGAAACGGCUCCGGGUCGCGGCCAAGAAGGAGACAGAACCCGCUGGGAAUGGGAGGAGGACGGCGAGGAAGAAACUCGUGCUCUCCAAACACGAGGAGACCGAAAAGGCCCCGGUCAACACACCCUCCCAUAAAGGUUCGAACCCUGUAGUCGAGACCAAGUCAAAAGCCUCACCUGAGAUCAAAGUGAGCAGUCCCAAACAGACCACCACGGACAAGAAAUCUUUCUCCAAAGAGGAUGUUGCUUCGCUGAAGGCUCGUCUGCAGAAGCUGAAAGGGCAGGCUGAAGCGGUGAGCUCGCCGACCCCGGCACCCGUGUCUGCGCUCGCUGAGCUCAAAGCCCGACUGGACAGCGCCAGGGAGCUCGCAGCUAAAGCGAAUCAGAGGAAGGAGGAGAGAGCGGUCGAGGAGAUAAGCAGAGAUGAGCAGACACCAGACCACAAAGUGGCUGAAGGUGAAAAGCUUCCUGCUUAUCAGCGCUACCACACACUAGCUCAGGACGUUCCUCCCAGCCUCGCCCUGCCCUUCAAAUACAAGGUUUUGGCAGAAAUGUUCCGCAGUAUGGACACCAUCGUCGGUAUGCUCUACAACCGCUCGGAAACGGUCACCUUCGCUAAAGUCAAACAAGGAGUCCAAGACAUGAUGCGCAAGCGUUUUGAAGAGUCUCAUAUAGGACAGAUUAAGACGGUGUAUCCGUCCGCCUACGUCUUGAGGCAGGAGAAGAACAUCCCGACCUUCAGCGCAACGGUGAAAAAAUCCUCCUACCAGCUCACCGUGGAGCCACUCAUCGAAGAAGAAACAAAUGGAAUCCGGCCCAUCCUGUCUGCUACUCGUCUGCUGGAGAGGCGGCGCGUGUUUCAUCAGAACUUGGUUGACAUCGUGAAGGGACACCAUAAGGUGUUCCUAGCUUCGCUGAACCCCGCUUUAGUGGUCCCUGACGAUAAAAUAACCCGCUGGCACCCCAAAUUCAACGUGGAUGAGGUGCCCAACAUCCUGCCUGGCGAUUUGCCUCAGCCUCCACAGACGGAGAAACUCACCACUGCUCAGGAAGUGCUGGACCGAGCCCGUGCCCUCAUGACCCCUAAGAUGGAGAAAGCUUUAGCAAACAUGGCUUUAAAAACAGCAGAAGCGGCAUGUUCGAAAGAGAGCACAGCACCAGUGAAACCAGCUGCGACGCCCAUCCAGACCCCCAGUGCCCUCAAAGGAGUGUCCCAGUCUCUGCUAGAGAGGAUUCGGGCUAAAGAGGCUCAGAAACUUCAAGCAGCCAUGACACGGAAUCCUGAACAGGAGGAGCGUCUGGGGAUGAUGUCCCGUCUGCCGGAGAUGGCCAGGAUUCUGAGAAAUGUCUUUGUAGCUGAGAAAAAGCCGGCCUUGAUCAUGGAGUUGGCCUGUAAUCGCAUGAUCGCCAGCUACCGCUCUUCUCUCAGUGCAGGGGAAAUGGAGAAACACCUUCGUUUGCUGGUGGAGUUGGCUCCAGAGUGGCUCACGCUGCAUCCCAUCAGAAAAGAUUUUUACCUCAAGCUGAACAAGAACACUAACAUGAAUCUGCUUUUGGAGAAACUGAAUGAGAAGAUAAAAGAAGAGGAGAAACUCUGAGAAUGUGCAGCAGAUGUUGGACUUGUUGAAAUGAUGUGCAAUAGUUUCUGUUUUUAAUCUCUGAACACUUUUUUUUUUUUUUUUUUUUUAUAAAAAAAGCUCCCCAUGCUCAUGAAAGAAAUGUUUUACAGAAUUUAACAGAAUAUAGAAUUUUUUUUUUGUGAAACCCUUUGAUAAAAUUAAAUGACUGACUGUCUUUUAGGGUUGAGUGCUAAUAAGAAAAUGCACCCUGAGCUGUUUCAUUUGUACGUUCACUGUACAGCAGCAGCUCAUGUGACAAACUGUGAGCUUCUUAAAUGUCAAAUAAACAAGCUAUUUUGAACUCCA